GGCACCAGCGAGCAUACACGUUUUGAGGUAAUUUCCCGGCAAAUAACCUUCAAACAUCGCGGAUGAUACUAUCUUAAUAUCGAUAGAAGUUUAUUUAACAUCUGUAAUAAUGACGUUCGACAAUUCGUGGCAUGUGAUUAAAACUGCUGCUGCGGAAAACAAGCACGAGUUGGUAUUGUCAGGACCAGCAAUUUCCGAAUUGAUUCAGAAAAGAGGCUUCGACAAGUCUUUGUUUAACCUGAACCACCUGAACUAUUUGAACAUAACGCAAACAUGUUUGCAAGAAGUACCAGAAGAAAUUGAAAAAUUACACAAUCUGACGAACUUAGUACUACAUUCGAAUGAGAUUUCGAAAAUUCCUAAUACGAUCGACAAAUUAGAGAAAUUAAAGUUUCUCGAUUGCUCCAGGAACAAGUUGACUUCUUUGCCCGACGAAAUCGGACGGCUUCCUCAAUUAACUACGAUGAACUUGAGCUCGAACCUUUUAAAAUCUUUGCCCACUCAAAUUGGUAAUAUAAAAUUGAGUGUUCUGGAUCUGUCGAACAACCAAUUCGAAAGCUUCCCUGAUAUAUGUUUUCCAAAUUUGGUUCACGUUUCUGAGAUUUAUAUCAAUGGAAAUCAAAUAAAAGAAAUCCCUGUAACCAUGAAUCAACUUCCACAGUUGAAAAUAUUAAAUGUGUCAGACAAUUUAAUUUCAGUCAUACCAGGUGAAAUUGCAGAUUGUAAUAAAUUAAAGGAACUUUACUUAAAGGGAAACCCAAUAGCAGAUAAAAGACUAUUAAAAUUGGUAGAUCAAUGUCGUACCAAACAAAUAAUAGAAUAUGUCAAGUUACAUUGUCCUAGGAGCAGUGGCUCUACUAGUUCCAAUACUAAAGCUAAAAAAGGAAAGAAGGGACAAAAAUUAUCAGAAUCUGAAAAUAAUGCUAACACAAUAGAGAGUUUAACUCACAUGUUAAAAGUAUUAAAAAUAGCAAAUGAUACACCAGUAAUUAAAAUUACAAAACAUGUAAAAAACAUUAGACCUUACAUUGCAUCUUGCAUUGUUAGAAAUAUGAAGUUUACAGAUAAUAGUUUUAAGAAAUUCAUUCAACUGCAAACUAAAUUACAUGAUGGCAUAUGUGAAAAAAGAAAUGCAGCUACCAUUGCUACACAUGAUUUCAAAUUAAUCACUCCUGGUGACUUAACUUAUACUGCAAAAGCUCCCACAGAAUUAGAAAUUAGGCCUCUAAUGCGUAAUAAUGUUUUUACUGGUGCUGAAUUGUUCCAACACUUACAAACAGAAGCUGAAAACUUGAGAAAAGAGAAAAAACGUAAUGUGUAUUCUGGUAUUCACAAGUAUCUUUAUUUAUUGGAAGGCAAACCACUGUUUCCAUGUUUACUGGAUGCUUCAGAGCAAGUUAUAUCAUUUCCGCCAAUAACUAAUAGUGACGUUACCAAAAUGACUGUAAAUACGGAAACAAUGCUGGUGGAAGUGACCAGUGCUACUUCAUAUCAGAUUUGCAGGAACGUGUUGGACUACUUUUUAAGGGAACUGACCAUCCUCGGUUUCGGAUGCCCUACAGAGCAAGAAACUGUUUCCAACUAUCACAAUUUACUUGUAGAACAAGUGAAAGUAGUAGAUAUGGAUGGUAAUAUGAAACUGUUAUAUCCUUCAAGAGCAGAUUUAAAUUUUGAAGACAAAUUAAUAACUGUACUGCGAGAAUAAUAAACCUCUGUGAGUAAUUUAAUUAUUUCA